UCUAAAGGCGGGGCCAGGACGCCGGUUAAUUCUAUGCACGUGCGUCCUGCUGCGGAGGGAACGCGACGCCACUAACGGUUAAAGAGGUGUGUGUACCAGAAGUAUUGCAUUGAAAACCUGUUAUUUGUGAUACUUGUUGCAUUUCACCAAUAAAGAUGGAGAUGGAUAUCCAGCGAUCCCUCGAGCUCCUGCAUAUGACCAUCUACUCCCAGAGCGUCUCGCCUUGCGGCAAGUAUUUAGCAGCCGGGAACAACUAUGGAGAGAUUGCCAUAUUCAGCCUCUCGGCAGCGCUGAGCUCAGAGGCCAAGGAGGAGAGCAAGAAGCCAGUGGUGACUUUUGUAGCUCAUGAUGGCCCCAUCUACGCCAUGGUAUCCACGGACCGGCAACUGUUAAGUGCUGGCAACGGUGAAGUCAAGGCCUGGAACUGGAGCGAGAUUGUGAAGAAGGGUUGCAAAGAAGCCUGGAGUAGAAGGCCGCCUUACGGGAGCAGCCUGGAGGUGCCAGAAAUCAACAGCCUUCAGCUGAACCUCAAGGAUAAUAGUCUUUUAAUGGCUGGAGGAGACUGUGCUAUUCACAUGAUGGAUCUGGAGUCUGGAACCUUUACUCAUGAAUAUCAGGGCCACACUGAUUACAUCCACUGUCUAGCCCUUCGGGAGCAGCUCAGAGAGUGCCUAUCGGGGAGUGAGGAUGGCACCGUGCGCCUUUGGGAUUUACGUACUGGAGGUCAAGUUCAGUCCAUUGAAGUGCAUAAAUAUGAGGAAUGCAACCGGCCGCAGAAUGGGAAGUGGAUCCGUUGCCUGGCAACUGACUCUGACUGGAUGGUGUGUGGUGGGGGCCCCGCACUCACUCUGUGGCACCUACGGUCGGUCACACCCACCACUAUAUUUCCCGUGCCUCAGUGCCAGCAGCAAGUCAUGUUCUACCAGGACCUGAUUCUCUCUGCUGGCCACAGCCCGACCAUUAACCAUUUACAGAUCAGUGGGGAAGUGAAGGCUCAAAUCCCUUGCAUCCCACGUUGCGUCCACUCGCUUUCCAUCAACGAACACUCGCCAGAGCACAAGGUGCUGACAGCGGCCGGAAGCAGCCACCGCAUCGAUGUCUUCACCAACUUUGGUUACCGGGCCUUUUCCCUCACCUUCACCUAGUGCUCGGCCCUGUUCCGUCUCUCUCUCUCUCUCUCUCUUGUAAAUAAUUCUGUUUUUUAACUCCAGUAUCAGGCAGGGAGGACCCGUGUCAAAACGGGCAGACCUGUCUACAGGCAGCUAUCUUGGGUGAUAAGUAAACGGCUCCUGUGUGCUGUCUGCAUGGGAGUGCGGCGUUCCCCUCCCCACAAAGGAGACUUGAAAUUCAGAACUUUCGAAUGUGGGAGAAAACUGAAAUGGACCAAUUUCUCCAUCCAGCCCUGGGACUUUGAGCGCUUAGCUUAUUAAAAGGCUAGGUUCAAAUCCCUUCUUAUUCAGCCCUCUUGGUGCUUAAUUUGGGUUGCCACCUCUUUUUGUUUUUCCUCAAAGGCUCCUUAUGUUAUGGUACCAGUUGUAGUAUAAAUGAAGGGAACUGGGAACGCUGCCCGUAUUGGCUGCAACCAGAAGCCCCUGGUUCCAGAAUGUGAAUAGAUGCUGCACUACAGGAAAGAAUCUGCAGAAACCUAUUUCAGACAAAGUGCAUUAAAACAAUAAUUUUUUUU